UUCCUCAGACAUCAUGGAGGCAGGUACGGUCCUGCUGAUCCUGGUUGCACUUUUUGGUGUAGCUGCUGCUCAGGACUUUUAUGGAGACAGCAUCAGUUUUAUGCCUCUGAAGAAGAAGCAGGAUGGGACGAUUCAGGUAACUUUCUACAACAGAGAAAAUGGCAGGACUAACUGUCCAAACCAGGUCAACUACACAUGUGACAGCGGUGCUUGUACCAGCAUUAAAGAAGGACUGAACCUCCAAACUGACCACGACAACACAGGGCAAAACAGGUGGUGUCAGUCAGAGGGAAAGACAACAGUGACUGUCUCAACUAACAAAACCUCCUUUUCUCUGAGUGACUCUGGCUGCUGCUGGUUAUCUGGAACAAAAACAUGGACGACACAUGCAGAGUUGGAUGUGGGAACACGUUCUGACACACAUGGCCUCAACAGCUGCCCUGUUACCACGACGGUGGCUGCAUUAAGGGUGCCUCAGAACUGUUUUUCAAGACUUCAUUUACUGGCUCAUGAUCCAGACGGAGAUGAUGUGAAAUGUCGCUUUGCUGGUAACAGUCCUGCAAACUUCACUCUAGAUGAGACUAAAUGCAUGCUGACCAAAGACGGUGAUGUAAGCGUUGGUGUCCAUGUGUUUGAGCUGAUGUUGGAGGACUUUCCCACCAAAAACAUCACUCUGUCAUACCAAGAUGGGAGCUCAGUGUUCCACGAUGCGUCCGAUGUGAAUUCAAAUCCUCUGUGCAGUGUGAAGCUGCAGUUCUCACUGGAGGUUCUUCCUCCUCUGGCAAACUGUAAAGCCGGCCAUAUCCAGCCCAUGUUCCUGUCGAAGACUCCUUCACAUGGUGACGUUCUUCAUGCCUCUGUGGGUCACAUGUUCCACCUUCAUGCUGAAGCACAAGCUCAUCAUUCCAGCAUACACACCUUCCAGGUCAGUGGUCCUCAGAAUAUGACCAAGCAGUUCACAGACAAAGCGCAUGGAAAAGCAGGGCUGACACUGAGCUGGAUGCCACACGAGACCGACGUCUACAGAUUUGUCCCUGUUUGUUUCACAGCAGAGACAAAUGAAACCCAAUCAGAGAUGAGGUGCGUCAUUGUCAUGGUGACCAGAUCAACCAUUGUUCAAGGCAAAGCCUCGGUUACAUGUGGACCCAACAAGAUGACAGUAGCCCUGGAUAAAGCUUCAAUGCCUGGCAUCGAUGAAAACUUCCUGAUGCUGAGAGACAAGUCGUGCUCUCUUACCUCGAAUGGAACUCACAUCAUGGGCAGCAUGUCAUUCAGUACCUGUGGCACAAAACUGGAGGAUAAAGGAGACUUUAUAGUUUUCGAGAACGAGAUCGACUCCUUCGAGCUGCCCACUGAAGUAAUUACUCGAAGAAAGAAAGUUAAGAUUGGAUUUUCUUGCCAGUUUCCCAAAACCGUCAGCAUCUCCAGUUACUACAACCUCCAUAAAACUGAUUACAUUUUCACCGAGUCCAGCUUUGGCAGCUUUGGCUACGCCUUUGAAAUAUACCAAGAUAACAACUUUACAGAUAAAGUGUCAGCUAGUGAGUACCCCGUGGAAGUAAACCUGUUGGAGAUGGUUUACUUGGGCAUUGAAGCUUCAUCUGACGUACCAAAUGUGACUCUGUUUGUGGAGUCAUGUAAAGCCACUCCUGACGACAACCCUGACAACAGCCUCUCUUACGACCUCAUCAAGGAUGGUUGUAUCCAAGAUGAAACAGUCAAAGUCCAUGGAUCUGAACCAACUGCAUUCAACUUUGAGGUGCAAGCGUUCAAAUUUAACGGAAACUAUGACCAGGUGUACAUUACCUGUGCUGUGAUCCUGUGUGAGCAAGGGAAUUCCUUUUCCAGAUGUGCCCAAGGCUGUGUGAAGUCAUCCAGUAGACGCAGACGUAGGCGUGGAUUGGCUAAAGAGACCGUUGCCCACUACAUUACCCAGGGUCCUUUGCUGUUUAUCAAACAGGAUGUCCCCAGUGAGGAACUUGAUGAAGAUGACUUUGUGAUGAAUAAGUUCAAUGACCCGACUACAGUGCCCACUCCACCACAGUCUGAACUGCCUACUCGUCUUAUUGUGGACAGAAGACACUGGGACAUCCUUGACAUGAUCGCCACAAAUGUCAGCACUGUGAUCUUUGCUACUGCAUUUGUACUUUCACUGCUGGUUAUGGCUGUUCUCAUAUGGUACUUUUCCAAGAAGAGAAAAGCAGAAGACCGCAAAUCUCUUCUGAUUUCAGAGUGGGAAAACUAAACUCUGCUCUAUAUGCAUGACCCACAUUUUGGUAUACUAGUUAUACAGGGGGUCUAUAAAGUCUCCUUACAAUUUAACACAUUUAUUACAAAAGCAAAUGAAUAGACAAAUCUGUAGAAAUUAUUAAAAAAUUAAAAGUAGAUAUUGAAGUUUUUUGCCUCAUUCAAUCCACCUCUAUGUGGACAACAUUAGCUGCACAAAGCAUAUCCAGAUGAUACUGGAUUUGUUUCCAUGUUGGCUGUAUCAUAGACUCAUCAAUGGUGUAAGUAGUCCCUUCUCCAUUGACCCUCAAAUUGUGCAAAUAUAACUGGCACAUAAAAAUUUUCCUAAUGAAAAUGACAAUUUUGCCAAAACUCAUUUUUUGAUAAAAAGUUUUUGCACUGGCAAGAGGUGGUUUUUCCGCCAUAGCACAAAUGGUAUAUCACACAAAACUGCAAUGGAAAGAC